CAAGCACACAAGAGGAGAGACAGAGGGAGGAAGAGGCAGCAGUCGAGACGAACACUGACCAGCGAAGGCGGACGCACACACACACACACACACACUGAGGAGGAGAAAUGCCAAAUUUCGCAGGCACCUGGAAGAUGAAAAGCAGUGAGAAUUUUGACGAGUUGCUAAAGGCACUGGGUGUGAACGCCAUGCUGAGGAAGGUCGCCGUGGCGGCCGCUUCCAAGCCUCAUGUGGAGAUCAGGCAGAACGGCGAGCAAUUCUACAUCAAGACUUAUACCACCGUCCGCACCACAGAGAUCAACUUCCUUGUUGGCGAGGAGUUCAAUGAGGAAACAGUGGAUGGAAGAAAGUGUAAGAGUCUGGCCACUUGGGAGACAGAAAACAAAAUGUACUGCAAACAGACUCUACUGAGCGGCAAUGGGCCAAAAACCUUCUGGACCAGAGAGCUCAGAGGGGAUGAACUCAUACUGACUUUUGGAGCCGACGAUGUGGUGUGCACAAGGAUCUACGUGCGAGCAUAGCAGAAAACUGACAGUUUCUGCAAACAAAAGUAUUCACCACCUGUCAACAAUCUCGACAUACUGUUUUAUAUAUUCAUAAACCACAUGAUGAUCUGAAUGUAUCGCCAUUAUCUCAUCAUCCAUUUAGAGCACUGUCCAUUAAGCCUCACGGUAUAUUUUUUGUUAGUGUCGUGUCUAGUAAAUGAGUGAAUACUGAAGUAAUAAUAGGGCUUCACUGCAGUUAGGCUUUGCAAUAUUUUGUGUGGACAGGCUGUUCUUCAAAUGAAAGUGUAGGAUGGGAUGAAUGCAUGAGACAAAAGGAUGAAAAGGAAACUUAUUCCUGUCUAUAAAGGAUCGUUUAAUAGCAAACACCUUACUAACAAACACAUUAAGAGAAGAAAAAAGACAGUAAAAGAAGAUACAAACAAUGCAUUUGUGUACAAUCAGCUCUUCAGGACCAUGUGGCACUACAUCCACAAUAAACACAGUGAAUACAAAAAUAAAACCCAAACUGCAGGAUUGUCUGUAUAGCUGGUUCAGUAAUCGUCACUUGGAAAAAGGUGACCACGCGCCCCUGUCAAUGUUGCCAAUCUUUGCUUCAGUGUCAAAUUUUGGUACGUUUGCUUGUCUUGCAAUGCUUAUAGAAAAUGUAUAGCCUUACUUGCUUACAUCUACAUGUGGCACAUUGAAGUUAGAGUCAUAGGCUGAACUCCACUGCUUCACAGCCUCAGAAAUGAUUAAUAGAAACCUACUGCUUUCAUCUUAUUCUACGAUAGCUACAACUUCUACAUCAAUAUUUGCACUUUAGGAUGAGCUUUAGAGGGGGGAAAGACAAUGUUUUACAACCGUUAACAUUCACAGUGGGGUAUAAGUAUUGCUGAUCGGUUUAGAGCUGAUCCAAAUACUGUACAUGGCUGACAUUCAUGGAGAGAACUACUAUAUACAUAUGUUAGAGGUUGCAUUGACACUGAACAUGGGGAGAAUACAAACAUUCAUAUGCAGGUUUUACAGAAGAAAUCUUUGUCACACAAAUUCUGAUCAUUAUGACAUAUGUAAUUACAAGAACAAGCCGCUGAUGUUUCAUUUCAAGUCUGGUGAA